AUGCCUCGUUCAGCUGCGGGACAGCGAGCACGACGGCAGACUGCGCCGUCAGGUCCACCCAAAGAAUUCAAGGUUCAGAACAUAGAGGUUGUUGAAGCAGUAUCCGAGGGCAUAGAGUCUAUCACCGAUAUUAAAAAUGAGCUUGAUUUCAUCCAAUGGUAUAAUGAAGUGGAAGACGGUCUUCUCGAGAGCAGCUAUGAUGAGUAUCAAUCCUGUCUUCAAGAGCUUCAAAUGUCAAAAUCGCACCUGGAUUCGCUUUUAUCGGAUACAUCCUCCACUCUCGACCUCCUAGCCAGCUUAUCCGAAUCCUUCAAGGCCGUGGAAGCUCAGACUUCUAACUUCCAGAAACAGUGUGAAGGGCUGCUGUCUGCUCAGAAUCGCGAUACGGAACUAGCUGCAGACAUACAAGAGAACCUCGAAUACUAUGACUUCCUGGACCCUGCCUCCCGGAGGCUCAACGCCCCUGGCGCUGGGAAUACUGUUCGGGGGCAGGAUUUCUCAGACAUGCUCAGGCGGCUUGACGAGUGCCUGGACUAUAUGGAGACUCAUCCCGAACAAAAAGAAGCUAGCGUAUAUCGAUCUAGGUACAGGCUACUGAUGACACGGGCUCUGACAUUGAUUCGAGGGCACUUUGUCUCUGCGCUUCGAGAUACAUACAAUAGCGUCUCAAAAAAAGUUGCAGAUCAACAACAGAAUGACACGACCAUGUCUGCUCUGUUAUAUGCUAAAUUCCGGGUUGGUGCGCCUGAACUGAAACAAAUCGGCCUCGAGAUACAGAAAAGAGCUGUGCCACCACUAGAUCCUGAGCAAGGCAAUGAAGCCGAAUAUCAAAGCCUCCUGAACGAACUUCACGCGAACUUUUCAGCCACGCGAGGUAAAUUGAUUGUACCGCUAGUGCGCAAAAAGCUCUACGAUAUCGCACAGGCUCCCAGUACCUCGAAGGACUUGGUUGCUUUUGCUCGCGCGAGCAUCAGCUACGUUCGCGGCGUGUGCUUGGAUGAGUUUGAGCUAUGGGGAGAAUGGUUCCACGGCCAAGGAGGAUUGUAUGAUUUCCUCGAGACGGUCUGUGAGCCCCUGUAUGACCAUUUGCAACCCCGAAUCAUCCAUGAGGACAAGAUCAUCAACCUCUGUCAACUCUGCACGCUUUUGCAGACGCGUUAUCUCCUUGAUCAGGAUGAGGAGGUUGAACAGCCUGACACUAACCAAUUGGAUUUCUCCUUACUGAUACAGCCUGUUCUGGAAGAUGUUCAAACUCGCUUGGUCUUCCGUGCGCAAGCAUUUCUGCGCGACGAGAUUGAACGUUUCAAGCCUCGACCGGAAGACCUUGAUUACCCUGCACGCAACAAAGGGGUUUCGAUCACGGUCACAGAGAACCAGAUCUCAGGCAGAAAGGUCGCGCCAGUUGAAGCCUCAUUGAGCUUGGCAAAGGCAUCUAAGCAGCCGGAGGAUGACUCUGAGUCCGGUUUAGAACACGAUUCCAAGUGGGAUUCCGAAUCACAAGCCGCUCUGACUGGAUGGUAUCCCACACUCCGCAAAGCCAUCUGGCUUCUUAGCAGGAUAUACCGGCUCGUGAAUUCGACCGUGUUCGACGACCUAGCCCAUCAAAUCGUCCACCAAACGACCCUCUCCCUCCACCAAGCGAGCAUGCAGAUCACAACCACCAAGUCACCCGCAGAUGGGAGCCUGUUCCUCAUGAGCCACCUGCUCAUCCUCAAGCAACAAAUUGUCGCCUUCGACAUCGAAUACGUCGCACCGGAAGUCUCACUCGAUUUCUCCGCCAUGACCAAUACCUUCUGGGAGCUCCGCGAGCGAGGCGGACUCUUCAACCCGCGCAACCUCAUGCGCCUCGUCGGCCACGGCCUUAUCCCGCGCGUCGUCGAGAACAUGCUCGAUGCCAAGGUCGAGCUCGACGGCCGCCUACGCACCGUCAUCAACGACUUCAUCAGCGAGUUCGCCGCCAAAAUGACCGCCUCACUGCCCGCCAAGUUCGUCGACAAACGCAACCUGCAGCAGGGCGAACUCAUCCACCCCACCUGCCGCACCAUCGAGAAGGAGGUCCCCGACCUCCGGCGCAUCCUCGGCGAUUACCUCGACGAUCCCCGCAUGAAGGAGACGCUCGUCGGCGCGGUGCAGGAUCGCGUCAUCCAGAUCUACGAGGACUUUUUCGAGCGGUAUACGUCGUCGGAGAAGAGUAAGGGGCAGCCGGUCUCGAAGAGGGGCAAGGGACGCGAGGAUGCGGUGUGGGACGUGGAGACGUUCGCGGAGUGGUGCGAGAAUAUCUUCCGGGUCGGUAUUCCCGAGCACGAGGACGACGAGAUGUCAAGCAGAAGUCCGAGUCGAAGCGGGAGUUUGUAA